UUUCAGAUAAAGAGAAAUAAGAAAAAAACUCACAUCCACUCUCAAUGCUCAAGUGUUCGAGCUCGUGCUCUGGAAUUUGAGACGAAUUUUGGCCCAUUCUGUAGAUUUGGUUUUUGAAAAGAUUAGAUGUGAAAAGAAAUGCCACGUAACUGCUAUCCAUUAUGCGCAGAGAAACGAGAUUUUAUGGAGCACAAUCCUGCGCAAAAUGGGACAGAUUUCUAUCGAGAAUACGAUCCGAUGGUCGGCAUCGGCACCGCCGCCGUUUUAGCGUUAUUUUUCUUCACAAUUACGAUAAAUGGGUGUAUUCGAUGCGCGGUUCGAAAGUACAAAAUGCACAAAUUCUACAAAGAGAUUCGAAAAGCCGAGGCGGAUAAUCAGAAAAAACUAUGUGAUAACGUUUAAUAUUUUCCUGAAUUUAUUUCUCAUUUGACCAACAAUUUCGGACGGGUUUUUUACACGAAAAAUGUACCGAGGAAAAAUGAAUUUUCUACCCAUUUUCUAU